AUGGCUACGGGUGGUGUGGUGCCGUCAGACACUGAAAAGACGAAAUACGACGCGAUGCUUGUUGAUAAACUUCCUGAAGAAAUCAAUGAAAUGAAGAUCAAGGAAGAUAAGGUGGAAAAGGAAAUGGAAGCGUCGAUAGUUGAUGGAAAUGGAACUGAAACUGGGCACAUAAUUGUAACGACUAUUGGGGGUAAAAAUGGUCAACCUAAGCAGACAAUAAGUUACAUGGCGGAGCGUGUUGUUGGACAAGGUUCCUUUGGGAUUGUGUUUCAGGCCAAGUGUCUUGAAAGUGGAGAAACAGUAGCUAUCAAAAAGGUGUUGCAGGAUAAGAGAUACAAAAAUCGUGAACUGCAGACGAUACGCCUUCUUGAUCACCCCAAUGUUGUUUCACUCAAACACUGCUUCUUUUCUACCACAGACAAGGAUGAGCUUUACCUCAAUUUAGUUCUUGAGUAUGUGCCUGAGACAGUGUAUCGCGUAACAAGACACUAUAGCAAAGCAAAUCAGAGGAUGCCUAUGAUUUAUGUCAAGCUUUAUACAUAUCAGAUUUUUAGAGCUCUUGCAUAUAUUCAUGGGAUUGGAGUCUGCCACAGGGACAUCAAACCUCAAAAUCUUCUGGUCAAUCCACACACUCAUCAGCUCAAACUCUGUGAUUUUGGAAGUGCAAAAGUUUUGGUGAAAGGCGAACCAAAUAUUUCUUAUAUUUGUUCUCGGUAUUAUCGUGCUCCUGAACUGAUAUUUGGGGCAACUGAAUACACAACUGCAAUUGACGUAUGGUCUGUGGGCUGUGUUCUUGCUGAACUUCUUCUUGGACAGCCUCUCUUUCCUGGUGAGAGUGGAGUCGAUCAGCUUGUGGAAAUCAUCAAGGUACUUGGAACCCCAACUCGGGAGGAAAUAAAAUGUAUGAACCCAAAUUAUACAGAGUUCAAAUUCCCACAAAUUAAGGCUCACCCAUGGCACAAGAUUUUCCACAAACGAACACCUCCUGAAGCUGUGGAUCUUGUGUCAAGACUUCUUCAAUACUCGCCCAAUCUGAGGUGUAAUGCUCUGGAGGCCUGUAUCAACCCAUUUUUCGAUGAACUUCGUGAUCCUAAUACUCGUCUUCCUAAUGGCCGUCCACUGCCACCUCUCUUUAACUUCAAACCGCAAGAGUUGAAAGGUGCAUCUUCGGAGCUCUUGUCCAAGCUCAUACCUGAACAUGCCAAGAAACAUUCUGACACAGAGAACAAGCUGGAUUAUCCUUUUGUUGACUUAAUUUGUUUGUGUAAUUUAAUGGUUAAUUAA